AUGCAAGCUUUGCAGAAUUCAAGCGCGGAUGUCAAGAAGAAUUUUCUCGCUGGACAUAGCUGUGGGGAUGAACUGGAUUUGGAUGAGAAUGGGCGGCCACAAAUGGCGCUGAGAAUCAGCUUUGGCUAUCAUAGUUCAAAGGGAGAUGUGGAGAGAUUGGUCACCUUUUUUGAAGAUUUCAUCAAAAAUUCAACUUUUUCUCAUAAAGAUAACAACGAAGCAUCCUUUUCAUCUUCUACGAAAAAAGUCCGUCUCCAGUCGUUGUUUGUGUUUCCCUUGAAAUCAGCAGGGGCAUUAUCUCUCAACGAGAUGCGAUUUCACGAGAACGGCACGCCGCUGCUAGACCGAAUCUACUGCGUAGCGAGUGGAACAUCUCGUCAGGUUGUUCAAGGCAAGCAUCUGCCCAAGCUAGCGAAAAUCCAGCCGAGAAUUGACUUUGAGACCGGGAAAUUGACUCUUCAUUAUACGGGGUUAGAAGAUUUACUAAUUGAAGAAAAUAAUGACGAUGAAGAAGAUGAGGAAAAUGGCAAUACGGAGGGCUUGUCGAUUUGUGAGACCAGAGUUUGUUUGAGGAAGAUUCCGAUGAAAGAUUGUGGAGAAAAGGCUUCAUGUUGGCUCAAAAAAUGUCUCAACAGACAGCUCAGACUUUUGAAAAUUUCUUCUUCAAUCGACGGCCUAAAUCUUCAAAUGAAAUCGCCUCUUCUCCUCGUUACAACAGCUUCACUAGAAUGGUUGAGGAAGAAACUUGCGGAAAACGGCGUAAAAAUGACAAUCAAUGAUCUGGUCAUGCGUUUCCGGCCAAAUUUACUUCUGGAAACAAAUGAAGCGUUUGAAGAAGAGUCGUGGAAAGAACUGAAAAUUGGUGAUUUCCUUUUGACUGUUCAGGGAAACUGUACUCGCUGCGGAGCUGUCUGCACAAAUCCAAAACUGGGGAUAAGAGAGGGCGAACCGUUGAAAACCCUGACUCAGAUUCGUGAAAAGACGCAAUUUGGAAUCUACGUCGAAAUUUUCUCCUCGAAAAUGCUGCUCAAAAGAGGCGACUUUAUUGAACCUGUUUUCAAAUGA